AUGAAAUUCCCAUGGUCUUUUAUUAACAAGCCUAAGUUCUUCCAAAAACCUAUCUUAAUGGGCGAGUACCAAGUCCUGCCUCACCACCCUAUCCCCGCCAAUAUCCCAAAGCCUUUUUAUUUUGAAUCUAAAGGCCAAACAAAAUUUGUCUCAACAAAUGACAGCCAUGAACUGCAAAUUCACAACUCUGAGACCAUCGAAAAAAUGAGACUUGCCGCCAGAAUUGCUGCAGGAGCUUUACAAGUAGCUUUAGAUUAUGCUAAACCUGGGGUUACUGGAGAAGACAUCGACAAGGUGGUCCAUGACUAUAUCAUUUCCCAAGGCGCUUAUCCAGCUGCUGUUUAUUAUAUGGGGUUCCCUAAAAGUUUAUGUAUAAGUCCUAAUGAAAUUGUAUGCCAUGGAAUUCCUAAUGUAAGGCCUUUCGCUGAUGGGGACAUUAUCAAUUUUGAUGUAGUGACGUGAAUUGAUGGAGUUUAUGGAGAUAAUAGUGAUAUGGCUAUGAUAGGAAAUUCUCAUCCAGAAGAAAUAAUUAGAUUGGUAAAUACAACAAGGGAAUCUGUGGCUGAAGCCAUCAAAAUUUUUAAUUAAAUAUAUUUUUAAAUGCUUUUUUUAAAUUAAAAAAAAAAAAAAAAAAAUAAUUUCACCCAAAAUUUGUAAACCAGGAACUCCUAUAAAUAAGGUCGGAGAAGUCAUCGAAAAAUAUGUAAAUGACAGAGGAUUUGCUAUAUGUGAAGAGUUUUGCGGACAUGGGAUUGGAAGACACAUGCAUAUUCCUCCACCUGUAUUGUUCAAUAAAAACGUAGUCGAGACAAUUAUGAGGCCAGGAAUGACAUUUACAAUUGAGCCAAUAGUAAUGAUGAACGCAAAUUAUGAACUUGGCCAAUGGGAAGACAAAUGGACAAUCGUAGACCUGACUAUGGGACCUUCAGCACAAAUGGAACACACAAUUUUGAUAACAGAAACAGGAAAUGAAGUACUGACAAAAAGACCAUUAUAA